AUGGAAGGAAAGUGCCGAGACGCGCAGAACAACGACUGGAAACCAGUUGUCAAAUAUGAAAAUGUUGGCCCAGCGGAGUUUUUUGACCCGAAAGACUUUUGCAAGGGCGAAUACAAACGAGUGACAAAAGAAGAAGCCCUCGCCGGCGCCCCUUGCCGAGUCUAUGCCGAUGGCGUUUACGACGUCUUCCAUGCUGGUCACGCCAGGCAAUUGAUGCAAGCGAAAAAUUACUUUCCGAAUGUGACGCUGAUCGUUGGAGUUUCAAACGAUGGGCUUGUUCACAAAUUCAAAGGCCAGACUGUUUGUACAGACGAGGAAAGAUACGAAGCAAUUAGACAUUGUAAAUAUGUUGAUAUUGUCCUGCCCGACGCUCCGUGGACUUAUUCAAAAGAAUUCUUCGACAAGCACAAAAUCGACUUUAUCGCCCAUGAUGAAGCUCCUUACACUCUUGGUGGCCAAGACGAUUCGUAUGCAUUGCCAAAGAGUCUCAACAUGUUCUGCCCAACUGAACGAACCGAAGGAAUCAGUACGAGCGAUAUGAUCACCAGAGUCGUGAAAAACUACGAUGGAUACAUCAGAAGAAAUCUUUCCAGAGGAUACAAUAGGAGGGAACUCAAUGUUGGCCCUGUCCAUUCUGCGAGGCUGAAGACAGAAAAUGUCAUCAAAGAAGCAAUCGAGCAAACUAAAGAGAUUUACACGAAUUUUAAAGAAGCUCAAGUGAACAGAAUCAGAAGUUUCCUCGAAAUCUACGUUCCGCAUGUGCCAGAUUUUGUUACAAAAGGACUUGACGCCAUCAGCCCUCAAGGUUCACCCCCAGGUUCACCGAGAAGAAUGUCAGUCUCAGAAGAUGCCUCGAACGAAGAGGAAUAA